UCAAACCGCUCCUGCGUAAUCCAAUUGAGUUCUUAUAGCUGGAGUCUAAAUAUAGUCGGAAUUGACAGAAAACACAGUAUCGACACAUCGCUACGUUUGUGUACAGAACGUUAUAUUCUAUGGAGAAAAUUAGUUAUUUCCGCGCUGUACUGUGAUGGGAUUAUGGAUAGAUGAAAAGUCGCCUGAUAGGCUAGAAAAAGUAGCAAAUGAAGAGUACAGCCACAGGUGGAAUGCUGUGUGAUGCUUGAGAAGAUUACAUUCGAGCUGGAGGCAUUCUAAAGAGGGACUUCUUCAGAUAUUGAAUGAAAUAAGGAUGGGCACGUUCGUGACCCUGGCGGAGGUGCUGGAGGCCCGGGGGUCACCUCUGGAGGAGGAUGAGGUAUGGUGUCUGCUUCUGGGCACUGCCGAGGCCUUAACGGACAUCUCCCACAAAGGUCCUGGUAACAUGUGCAGUGUACUGAGCCCUGGCUCUAUGUUGCUGUCAGCCCGUGGGAACCUUGCCUUUAAGAGCUGUGCCCGGUCAGGGGACCUGGGCUCCUUCACUGCUCCAGAGGUACAGGAGGGCCACGUUGCCUCCAACAGGACAGCCUCGGAAAAGAUGGUUGUAUAUUCCCUAGGAAUGACCCUCUACUGGUCCGUUGAUUAUCAACUACCUCAAAACCAGCCCAUUCAGCUGAGUGACAAACUGAACAACCUGUUGCUGAGUAUGUGUGAGGACAUGGCCCAGAGACGAGCGGAUCUCGUGACUGUGCUGGAGACCUGUGACCAGCACAUCAAGACUGCUCAACUGCCCCCACCAGAGAAGCUCAUCAAACAGCUAGUAGAAGAUGUGUUCAGGGACUCUGUCGAUCACGUGUCCAUGGCUGAGAAUGGUCCUCAGCUUACUGACCGGAGUCAGAUGGUCAGAGAGAGGCUUCACAGUCUCUCAGGAAGUGCCUCGCACCAUAACUCUACCUGGGCACUGAGAAACAGAAGCGCCUCAACAUUCCAAGCCAAGCUCAGCAGAGGAAUUGCCCAGGGGUUACGUCACAGAGAGAGUUACUGCAGCUAUCAGUCCCGUAACCCCUGUAGCCCUUACCUGGAUGGCUUUCGCCGUGGCAGCAUUAGACCUAUACCAUACGUGUAUCUGAACGAGUCCACUGUCAGUCUUAAUGAAAAGAAAGCCAAGGAUAUGGGUCCCGAGUUUAUUCGAAUGUUAGACGAGCCACUGGUUGUCUUGGAGCUGCCCGGAUCCAUUGUGUCAAAGAAAGGGAAGUCUCCCUCCACUAUGAGGGAACUGAGUGUGGUCAUGCCAAACGGACAGAGCAUCCUGGUCAAGUGUGACGUCAAGUCAGGAGGCGGGGAUGUCUUUAAUAUGAUUGUUGCCCACUCCAACCUGGUUGAACACUUCUACUUCGGCCUUGCUUACAUUGAUGAUAAUGAGUUUUUCUUCCUGGACAAUGACACAAAGAUAUCCAAGGUUGCCCCCGACAGUUGGAAGAAAGUGCCUACCUCCACGUUUGUCCUUUUCUUCAGGGUCAAAUUCUUUGUCCACGACAUCUCUCUCCUUUUGCACAAACUGACUCGUCACCAGUACUACCUACAGCUGAGGAAAGAUAUACUGGAGGACAGGUUGGCCUGCCAUGAAGAGACAGGCCUUUAUCUGGGUGCCUUGGCUCUCCAAGCAGAGUAUGGAGACUGCAUGCCUGAGGUUUAUGGGAGGAACUACUAUCGCCCAGACCAGUACGUUGCCAAGAGCAUCAUGGAGAAAAGAGCCUUGCCUUACCUAAAGGAGGAGUUGCUACAGUUACAUGCCAAUAACUCCACGAUGAGUACCGACGAGUCCGAGCUUGAGUUCCUCAAGGCCACCCAGCAGCUUCCUGAGUACGGUGUUCUGUUCUACCGCGUGGGCCACGAGAAGAAGCCAGUCAUCGGAGAGCUGAUCCUAGGAGUGUGUGCCAAAGGAGUCAUAGUGUAUGAGGUUAAAGAUGGCUCCCGCUCCACAAGUCAGACAUUCCACUGGCGGGAAACAAACAGUAUCUCCUCCUCUUACCGGAAAUUUGUCAUUGAGAGCAGAGGGAGUAAGAAAAAGCACACCUUUGUCACAGAGAGAUCCAAGACGGCCACGUACCUGUGCAACCUCUGCUCUGCCCAGCACAAGUUUCACAAUGAGAUGAACUCUCGCCAGCUCGGCCACAGUCUGGCCUCAGAGGACAACAUAGUUCAAUACGCAGCAGUGUGUCGGGCACAGAACAACCAGAUGAACAGCCGUAUGAACAGGUACUCUGAGACCGUACUGACAGACAGCGGUCUGACCACACCGCAGGAUGGCUCCAUGAACAAACUGUGUGAUGACAUCGCGGCCAAGAUCGAGGCGCGGAUCAAACAGCAGCGUGUCCUCCACGAGCAGGGCAGAAGGAGACCAUUGCCUGGGAACCUGUCUCCAGCCCUGUCUCGUGGGUCUGGGAAGUGUGGGUCAGAGGCCAACCCCAUGUCCUCAGCAGAAAGAGAUACCCAAACGAAGAGUGUCAUAACAGAGAGGGAAGUCAUUUGUGUGUCCUUAAAGAAAGACCCGAAGCUCGGCGUUGGUGUUGUGAUAGUUGGAGAAGACACAGUGGGGAAGUACGACCUUGGUAUCUUCAUAGCAUCCAUCGUGCCGGGAGGACCAGCGGAUAAAGAUGGCCGCAUCAGACCAGGUGGGCGUCUGAUCUCUCUGAACCACACCAGUCUGGAGGGUGUGCCCUUCAGUGAGGCUGCAGAGGUCAUGCAGAACAGCCCUCAGGAGGUCACACUCAUCGUGGCCCAGCCCAAAGUUUCCUCGACACCCAACAACAUGAGAUCUCCGCUAUUGAAGAACUACGAGUCCCAGACCAAUUUGAUGACUGACGUGCGCUCUGGGGAGGACGACCUGGAUGAGAUCGUGUCUGUCAUGUUGACCCCUAAGACUGGCAGUAGACUGCAACUCCCUGAUGUACGCAUUCUCAACGCUCAGGACGCCUGCUCCAGGUCUCCUUGCACAAACUGCUUCAGGGGUGAUGAGAUCUCCGUAGAGCUGAAGAAGAAAGCUGGAGGUGGCUUGGGGAUCAGUAUCGCUGGUGGUGUGAACACAGGCCUGCGUCAUGGAGGUGUCUACAUCCAAAGCCUAGUCUGUGGAGGGGCCGCUGAGCAAGAUGGCCGCAUCCAGUCAGGUGACCGACUACUGAAAGUUGAUGGAAUCAGUUUUCAAGGGUUCACAUAUCAGCAGGCUGUGGAAUGUCUGGCGAGAACAGGAAAGGUGGUGACCCUGGUCCUGGAGAGGGAGAACAUGAACACCCUGCCCAGGGUGUCUCUGAGCCCAGACACAGGGUGCAGUCUAAUGGGGGGCAGCCUCUCCCCUCAGAGUUCCCACCUGGACAUCACCCAGAUGAGGAACAACAGCUGCCCUACCAUCAUCACCCCCUUCUUGGUCAGGCAUAAGGACUACAGCUUCGUGUCUGACGGGAACACUUUGGAGGUGACCUUGAAGAAGAGGCUGAAUGGCUUGGGCUUCAGCUUCCUGGUCCCUGAGCUCAACAGCUCGAAAGGAGACUCAGGCAGUAGUCUUGUCCGGAUCAAGAAGCUUUUCCCUGGCCAGCCAGCGGAGGAGAGCGGGCGGAUCCAGGAGGGAGACGUCAUCCUGGCAGUCAAUGGAGAACCGCUGAAAGGAUUGUCCUACCAGAGGGUGGUCACGCUGCUGAGAGGCUCUCCUUCUGAAGUCCGGUUGUCUCUGUGCCGUCCUGCUCCAGGAAUUCUGCCUCCCAUUGAAACGUUGCUUGGCACCUGAGUGAUGUCACACCACAGUACGUGAGCACCAAUGGAAGUUCAGAAUAUACUUCCUGAAAGACAGACAUGAGAUCUUCAGGGAGCAGGACAGGGGAAGAUCUGUCCAGAGGAGAGGGCAGGACAGGGGGAGAUGCCUGGCCCUCCCUACCCUGCAGCAGAGCCCUGGGCCUGGCCUGACGGACUACAGAACCCACCUGGAUGGUGGGUGGGUGCAUCACUGCAUUCUAUGAGUCAGAGGUGUUGGAUGAGUCGCCCCGCAGACAAGAACCAACUGAGUCACGCUACAACAGCCAGGAUGCACUGCUGAGGUCAACUCAUGUGAGAUCAAGGCAACAACCUUUUCUCUUUUCCAAGACUCUGUUGAAUACCAGGAGAGGCGAAGGAGUUGGUUGGACUGGGGCAGUGGAGUUCUAUAGUGUGAACCCCUGACGAUAAGCAGAUAACUAUUACACAAGCUCAAUUGGACUGAAGACAGAGCUACAGAACGCCAUAUGGUGCAGAGUGGUGACAGCCCCUGAAAGCACAUGAAAUGAACAUUACAUCUGACUGUUGAUACACUCAUACAUUCAUCUUUUAAUGAACUCCUACCUCUGUUUAGUCAUAACAUUUCUGUAGGAUCACACUGAUUCUGACAGGGCCGUAAGAGCCACACUACAUGAUGGGUACUGAGUAGCAACGCCCUAAAUUAGUAACAAUUCAACCAUGUGGAUGUCUAGCUGUAACAAAGGCAGAACAAACACACCCAUCAAUGGGGCAGGAAAUAGUGACAUUAGAUUCUGGUCUUGUUUCUGAAUUCUACAGUAUUAAAUACCUUUUCUGAACAUCAUUGGCAGUCUUGCCGUUUUGUGUGUGUGUGUGGCGAGGACAUUCUCACCCUUACUGUCAAAGGUGAGGCUGCAAGUUCUACCAACAAAAUAUAAUCUAGCACUCUGGUACCCUGCAAACCAUGAUCCAUUUUGUAUUCUACAUGAGUCAAAUGUAAUGGAGUCCAUUGCCCAUGUUGUGAAUGGUUGCUGUUCAUACAAGGAUUUGUACAUUGCUAGACAUGCCUGCCUUGUUGACCUGAUAGCCAGCGAGCUGAGACAAGUAGUCUCACCAACAGCACACAUGCAGAAACAUUCUUGUGUAAGGGGAAGCUGGUUUGAUGUUGUUGAUGAUGAUGUGUUUUCCUGUGUGACAAAUAUGCCAGAUAUUGUUGUUGUGGGGGAGGCCAGGGGGAGGUGCUCAUUUUGGAAGUGGGCUGCUCAUUAGACGGCUACAUGGAGCAGGACUUUGCAGAGAAGCUGCUAAAAUACCAGCCCCUUGUGGCACACAUGGACAGCCUCGGGUGUAGGUGCAAGCUGGUGGUGCUGAUAUUUGGCAGUCUCUGCAACGUACACAGGCUUGCAGUGCGUGGCCUCCAGAUUGCGGGCCUGACAAAAACUAGGGCAAAGCAAUUGGCUAGGUACUGCUCUGUUUCAGCUGUCGUGGACAUCCUAGCUGUUUGGAGAAGGAGGUUAUUUUUGUACCCUUGAGUGCCAUGCAUACAGGGUCCUUUGAAAUGUUUGGAUCCUUUUUUGUACAUUUGAUUGG